GGUUCCCGUCUCGUGAUGUCCUUUUGGUCUCAGUGAUCAUCACCAUCAGCCUUAGUGUCACCAUUGUUCUGUGUGGGUUCUGCCAAUGGUGCCAGCGCAAAUUGGGCAAACGCUAUAAAAACUCCUUGGAGACAGUGGGGACACCAGAUUCCAGCCGAGGUCGCAAUGAAAAGAAAGUCAUCAAUGAUCUAGACAGAGACUUUUGGAAUAACAAUGACAACACAGUACAGCAGAAAUGGAGCUCCUACCCUCCCAAGGAGUUUAUACUAAACAUAUCACCUUACGCCCCAUAUGGUGAUCCGCGACUUUCCCUCAAUGGCUCAUUGCUAUCAGGUGCAAAGCUGGCUGCCUCGGCCACAUCAGGGCUGGCAGGGGAGCGAGAAGGACGGCACGGGGAGAGGCAGCAGCUCCGAGAGGACGGCAUGAAGAGCAGCGUGUCUGCCCAGAGUGAACCCAGCAUUGGGAAGGCGGGGAGAGGCCGAUGGCAAACGGUGCAGAGCCACCUAGCAGCAGGGAAACUCAGCUUAACCAAUUUUGAGGAUUCCACCAUGUCCACAGCCACUACCCUUGAGUAUAUCCCCACCUCAGCAGGAGACCCGAAAUGCCAGCGCCCGCGCACCCUGAUGCGCCAGCAGAGUCUCCAGCAGCCGCUCAGCCAGCACCAGAAACCUAACCACAGCCAGCCCACCACCAGCCAGAGCCUGGGUCAGCUGCAAACCCACUCCAGCUCCGCCAGUGGCAACCCUCGGGGCUGUCGGAGUGGGCAGUCACGGCAAGGGAACUCUGCUGGUGCCAAGCACAGGACAGCUGGCGGACGCAGCCGCUCCAACCCUGGGAGCUGGGACCACGUAGUGGGGCAGAUCCGGAACCGAGGCUUGGACAUGAAGUCUUUCCUGGAAGGCCGUAUGGUGGUGUUAUCCCUUGUACUGGGGCUCUCAGAACAGGACGACUUUGCCAAUAUACCUGAUCUACAAGCUACCGGCAACCAGCAGAACCAGAACUCUCAGGGGGACAAGAGGUUACCUUCAGGUGGCAAGGCAGUGAACACAGCACCUGUGCCAGGACAGAUGCCGCAUGAUGAGACUGACCACAGAACAGAGCCUCACUCAUCCGUCUCAGAUCUUGUAAACUCCCUGACCAGUGAGAUGCUGAUG